GAGAAGGUGAGUUUUCGUUCCACAUGCAGACAGAAACGAACACUGACAUGUGCACUGCAUGUUGUUUCAAACACUUUCUAUAAAGCGACGCUUUAUUUCUACAUUCAUUUAUCUUACUGAAUAGAAAAACAAUUGUCAAUUUGCAUAGCGAGACUGUAAAUGUCUUCAAUGACAAAUAUGGUUACGGAUGGAAAUGUGUCUCUGGCAAAGGAGACGUUGUGUACAAACUAUCUCUGGUCCAGGGCAUAACUGCGCAUUCUGGAUCGGGUUUUUGAGCGGACAAAAUACGAAAUCCAUGUGUAGUGACUGUAUUCAAUGUAGGCUACAAAGUAAAAAGGAAAGAUGUUGCUAUAGUGUUGAAUAACUGCUCUCUGUAGUCUAUGUGCCAGUUGCUAUUUAAAAAAAAUAUAUAUACUUAUUAUGAGGGCAUUUUGUUUACCGCCCUUUUUGUUUUAUUUCCUACAGCAUUGAGCACAUGCGCGUGAAUCGGUUAGUCUGGCGGUAAGCAAAGUGUUUAAAGUAUUUUAACUUCGUAUUAUAUUUCCUGAGCCUUGCCAACAUCAUGCGAAAUCUAAAUAGGCCUAGCCAUAUGUUUUAAGAACUCGGUCACAAACCAGUCCGUCAUUCAGAUAAAUCUAGGUCCGAGGGCAUGGCAAAGAGACGGGGGAUGGGAUUUGUAUAAAAUUAAAGCUCACAUAUUUAAUUUUUACACAAUUCAAAAACAGUUAAAAUCGGAAUUUGGAGAACAGUAAAAACAAGCAACAUUGACUCCAGCCAUGAUCACCUUGUUGCUGUAGUUUCAUUCACCUCAGACAAUAUGGGAUUUAAAGGGAUAAUCCAACCCAAAGAUUCAGCAUAGCCUAUCCAUGAGUGUGCUUCUGUUGGAGGUGCUCCCACAAGCAGCUGAUAGACCUGUUCAGAGAGAAUGUGGAAGACUGCGUAGCCGACAGCAGCCCAGGCCUUCCCGGCCAGCCCCUCAUACAGGUUAACACAAAGACGCAGGAUGGAGUUAAUUGAUACAUUCCUGAGUAAGGUUGCUAGCUUGGUGGAAGAUGUUCAACUCCUCUUUUUUCAACAUGGAGUCCUUCCUGUUCUCCAUUUCGUCCUUCAUGAAGAUGAUUCUGGACCACAGGCCCAAAGACCUGGACAAGCUCAUCUGCCCUUGGGUCGGGUCCUCCACUUCCCCAUCCAAUCCCCCCAUGUCACAAGACUCCUCCCUGAACACAAGCUCCGUCACAGGCCAGCAGUCUUGUGUUAAUGAUCUCAGAGCCCCACAAGCCUCACAGGGUCAACCCAUGUCUCCAGGCAGGCCAGAGGCUCACAGGGUCAACCCAUGUCUCCAGGCAGGCCAGAGGCUCACAGGGUCAACCCAUGUCUCCAGGCAGGCCAGAGGCUCACAGGGUCAACCCAUGUCUCCAGGCAGGCCAGAGGCUCACAGGGUCAACCCAUGUCUCCAGGCAGGCCAGAGGCUCACAGGGUCAACCCAUGUCUCCAGGCAGGCCAGAGGCUCACAGGGUCAACCCAUGUCUCCAGGCAGGCCAGAGGCUCUAUGGCCUGAAGAGCUGCUGCGUCCAGUAGAACAGGAGGAAGGAAGGGGAGGAAACUCUCAGCUCUCUCAUUACCCCUCUGGCUCCCAAUGCACUGCUCUUGAGCCCAGAGCCAGAGGCUGCCAUGCUGGAUCAGAGCGAAGGCACUGGGCAGACUGAGGCUCCUACUCACCCCAGGGAAGAGCGAGGGCCUGGGGGAGAGAUGGAGGAGUAGGAAGAGGCGGAGGGAUAGCAUAGAGGGCCAUAUCAGAGCUCUUCAUAUCAUCUGGCCUCAUUGGUGGUACACAAGUACAUAUACACAGUCAGUAAUGAUGAAUUACCGAUGCUAACCGUAGUUGAUUGUUUUGUAAAGACUCCAGGAAAACCCUAUGGAUGGAGGGUGUAAAAGAAAGUGUUUGGCGCCAACCGUGAAGGCUAGUGUGUUAGCACAUCAUAACGCCUGUCACGAUUUACAGAAACAGCCCAACUGGCCUGUUAUUACCUUGCUUGCUUUGCUGUGUUUGCCGCUCCUGACAUCAUAUGGCAUGACUUGCAACAAAGUAGCAACACAAAUCAUAAUCCAAAGAUCAUGUCGUAGGCCUGUCCUGGAACCAAAAUGACCUGGGAAUACUUCUCUAACAGCAAUGCACGUACUUACCAACCAAGUUAUUUUCUUUGGAUCGUUAGAGUGUAGUUUGACAACAAACCGAGGGCAUGGAAAAUUAUUAACACACAUUUUUGUGUAACUGUGUCAUACAAAGGGUGAAACUAGCUAGAUAUUGUUGGUUGUGUGUUGAGCUCAAGCUUUAAGGCCUCCAUUAUUAAGGAUAAUCUAUAAACAGGUAUGCUCUUAUUGUGGGGUUGCCUUGGCAGCAUUAGCCAUAGAAUAUAAAAGCACAAGUUCAAUGAAGUAACACUUUAUUUGGAUAGUCCCAUGUAGAUGGUUUGUAGAUGUUCAAUAAAUGUCAACAUUUCAACUAACUACAGUGCCUUGCAAAAGUAUUCAUCCCGCUUGCUGUUUUUCC